AUGCGAAAGCGCAUGACUGUGCGAGAGGUAGAUCUGCGCGAGACGUUUCAGCUUGACCUCCCCAGGGACAGGCUAUUGGAGCUGCGGGAACCUCCGCACACAGAGGGUGGGGGGUUUCCCGAGGGCCCCCCCUUGUCCCAACCCUCCUGUCGAGGUGACAACUGGCGGCUGCGUUCCCGGGGCUGGGGUCCACACCAUCCAUCCCUCUCGCGUCCGCUCCGGCCCUUUAAGGGUCCGCCCCCUCGGGCAGCGCCCGCCCCCGGCCUGCCCGCGGUGCGGGGCUCCGGGGCGGGGAUUGGCGGGGCGCGCGCGGUGGGAACCGGGGCCCGUCUGGCGCUGACGUCAGCCCGUCUGCCCGCCCGCCCGCCCGGGCCGCGGCUCCGGCUCCGCAACCCGAUCCCCUUGGACUUGAAUGAGGAGGCGGCGGCGGCGGCGGCGGCGGCCAGCGGGGAGAGCGCGCGAGAGGGAAGAGCGCAGCGCGGGGCGCAGGGGCGCAGAAGGCAGGGGCGCAAGCGGUGCCAGGGCCGGUGCCAGGGCCCAGGCGCGCGCCCCGGCUGCCAACCGUGCUGCCGGGGCCGGGGGGCUCCGGUGGGGUCGGUGCCCGGGCUCGGAGUGCCCUUGGAGCCCCGCGAUCCCUCGCGCGCCGCGCCGCGCUGCGCUCCGCUUGGCACGGCUCCGCAUGCGGGGCCCGCGCGUCUCCAGAGCCGCCCGCGCAGGCAGCGCUUGAUGGGGGGCAACGCCACCCUGGCCUCCGCCGCCGCCCCCGGGCAGCCCAAUGUCUCCUGCACGUGCAACUGCGAGCGCUCUUUGUUCCAGAGCAUGGAGAUCACCGAGCUGGAAUUCGUGGAGAUCACGGUCAUCGUGGUGGUGGUGAUGGUGAUGGUGGUGGUGAUCACAUGCCUGCUGAGCCACUACAAGCUGUCGGCACGCUCCUUCAUCGGCCGGCACAGCCAGGCCCGCCGGAGGGACGAUGCUCUCUCCUCGGAAGGAUGCCUCUGGGCCUCGGACGUCACUGUGUCUGCCAGUGGACUGCCAGAGCCUCCAGCCUUCGUCCCGCCACGGGCCGCUGAUCGCCUGGCCGUGGCCCCGUUUGCCCAGCGUGACCGUUUCCAGCGCUUCCAGCCCACCUACCCCUAUUUGCAACAUGACAUCGACCUGCCCCCCACCAUCUCCCUGUCGGACGGGGAGGAACCCCCACCGUACCAGGGACCUUGCAGCCUGCAACUGCGGGACCCUGAGCAGCAGCUGGAGCUGAACCGCGAGUCGGUGCGUGCACCCCCAAAUAGGACCAUCUUCCACAGCGACCUCACGGACAGUGCCAUGCUGGGGGGGCCCUGUCCCCCCAGCAGCAACUCGGGCAUCAGCGCCGCAUGCUUCGGGGGCGGCGGGCGCAUGGAGGGGCCGCCCCCCACCUACAGCGAGGUCAUCGGCCACUACCCGGGUGCCGUGGCCUUCCAGCGCCAACAGAGCCCCACACCCCCGGCCCUGCUGGAGGGGCCCCGCCUGCACCCCUCACUCGUCUCCCCCGAGAGCACGGCCACCUGGAGCAAAGAGAAGGAGAAGGAGAAACAGAAAGGACACCCACUCUAGGCACUUGGGGGGGCGCGGGGCCACCCCCCCAAAGAUGCCGUCACCCUGGUGUAUAAAUUAUUUACCUGUUCUGUGUGGUCUGGAUAAGCGGGUGGUGAGGCCAAGUGGCCCGGAGUCUGGGGUACACAGGGGGCAGAACCCUCUCUCUGCCCGUCUCGCUCUGCGUGCUCUCCCGAGCCGCCGGCCUUCCCCUCUCCAUCCCCGCGUCUCACAAUUUCACGUAACUUUAAAAGACAUAUUUGCACAAAACCUUGGUUUAAAGAUCUGCAAUAUUAUAUCUAUAAAUAUAUAUAAACUAAGAGAAAGUGUAUGACGAAAGGCAGGAGUAUUUUUGUAUUAGAAGAGGCCUAUUAAAAGAAAAAAAGAAGAAGAAAAAGAAGAGAAGCCGUUUUUUGGAACUAGAGAAGAAAACAAAACAAAAGGCCGGUUUUGAAAUGCAGAAAGCGUGUAUUCCCUUGUAAAGAGGAAAGAAUGACAGAGCAGAGGUUUAGAGUUAUUUAUAUAAAUGUCGAGCUUUUGCACUAUUUUUUAAUAUAAAGAUGUCAGUGCUUGUUUGCCGGAA